AUGAGCUCUCCGAGUAACGAGGGCGGGCCGCCGCCUGACCCCCCACACCCUCCCGAUGCUCCCCACGACACUCCAAUUGCGCACGACGCUGCGCACGCAGAGGCUGGUCCAUCGACACCUCAGCCACAUGCGCCCCCCGCCCCCACAGUCGAGGAUGAGCUGGAAGCCUCUAGACCUGAUUCGGGAACAGCUGGAUCCCAGCAGUCUAGCGAGAACACCAACACCCCGCCUAACCCCUCCCAGUCGCCACCGCAACACCAAGGACGUCGACCACUGUACUCCUUGACGCACUUCAUCCCCAUGGCCACCCGACCAGGUGAGGGUGGGCCGGGAAAUGGCGAGCGCGUCGGAUUGACGUGGACACUCGAGGUUUUCGCCAACGACGGUGAAGGCGAUGACGAUCUUCCUACAACAGAUCAGAACGAUCGCCCGCAACCGCCCGCAGGUGCCAACACAGAUGGAACAGACGGCAGCGCGGCUGCCGCGGUGCUUGCGGCUGCGGAAGCUGAGGCCGCGGCUCGGGAAGCUGGAGGCGCUGCCGACCAGAACGCCACUGGGGCGCCUAACGCUCCUAACGCAGAAGGGAACGCAAACGGCAAUGGGAAUGGACCUGAGCGUGCUGAGCGUCGCAGCAUGAUCUUCGUCGUUGGUCCAGACGGUCUCAUCCCGCGACCCGGCCAGGAGGACGCUGGACCCGCCCCGUUCGCCUUCCCCUUCCCGUUCCUGCCGUUCAUGAUGCAGCCGGCGGGACCGGAUCCGGCAAAGGCUGCUGAGCUUCUGGCGUCCCUUCCGACGGUCAGGCGUGCUCUGCUCCGCCGAGUCGACAAGGUCGUCGCUGCCGAGGACGCUUCAAACGGCAAGGAGUACGACGAGCGUGGAUGGCGCUGUGGCAUUUGCCUGGAGGGCAUCGAGGAGGAGCUUACUGACGGGCCGAUUCCCGUUAAGGCUCUGCCCUGCAACCACCUGUUCCAUGGCCCUUGUCUUGAACCGUGGUUCUCAAGUCACCACACCUGCCCCACGUGCCGACUCGAUCUCGACCCGUUGCGAACGCUCAACGAUCCUCGUGAGACUCGACGAAACCCGUUGCGCCCUGCUCCGACCGGAUCUGGCCGCGGGACGCCUGCAGGUGGACACCCUUAUGCUCGGGGCCGUGACCGCGACCGCUCGGGUCUGAGAUCUGGCCAGCAGACUCCUGCCGAGCCCGUCGAAGGUCAGGAGCCUCAGACGCCGCAAGGGGGGCAGGACGAGCCACCGACCCCUCCUGGUCUCAUGGAGCUUGCGCGCAUCACCGCCCAGAACUUGGCGCGCGGAUUGUUUGGCGGUUUGACUACCGGAUCGCCGCUGCCCAUGGAUCGCGAUCAGCCACAGGAGCGCGAGCGCACCCCAAUGGGUCCAGAACGUCCCCCUGGCAUGCAGCCGGCGCAGCCCGCAGCCGCCGGACCUGCACCCGGUGGCGACACGCCAGCGCACACCUCUGGCAGUGCAUCGGCCACUGGCUCACCCAACCCAGGAGGCCGCCCCACGCCCGAACGCCGUUCUCACAUCAGCGUCAUCCAUCUUGGCCCUCCCCCGUUCGGCCAUCGCCCGUUCGCUGCGCCCCCGAACCCCUUCCAGCACCUCUUCGGACGGCCGCCUGGUUCAGGUGCCGAUGAGCAGCCCCGCCCAGCUGGCGAGGCUGAUGAGCAGCCCAACCUGCCUGAGCAGUCGAAUGAGGCCACCGAGCCCGCAACGGCAGCUACAUCGACAUCCAAUGAGCAAGCUGAACCCUCUGCUGAGUCUAGCACAAGUGGCGAGGGUGCCUCCAGCGAGCCCUCUGCUCGAGUCCCCACGCCGCAGGCAGAGCCAACGGACCCCCCUGCUGCCGAACCCAACCGCGAGGGAGCGAACGCUACGCCUGCCCCUGCAAAUGACGGCGAAGCUCAGCCCCGGCCAUUCCGUGGCUUCCCCCUUGAGCUGCUGUUCCUGCAAAUGGGUGCCCCAGAGCCCCCCGCUCCGCCUCCGGCGGAGGAGCGCCCCGCGUCAACUUUCGUUCCGCAGUCUCUCGAGUCCUGGACGGAGCAGCGCGAGAAGACGCUCGGGUGGCGCUGCGAUGCAGUCGAGUGCCUUGUUGCGCCGCCUGUCCCUGACGGUGACGGAGAGGACAUGGAUGUCGACGAAGCGCCUGCCGAGGUCGAGGAGGAGGACGUGCUUCCCGCGGCAGACAAGGAGAUGCUGUCGAUCUACUCGGCGCAGCAGCCUCUGUUCCCGCCCAGCCGCGAAGGGGAGGAAGCGCACGCGAACGCCGAGUUUGUCCUCCUCACCUGCCCGCACAGGUGGCACCGCACCUGUCUCGAGGUCGCGGAGCGCAGCGCUGGACACUCUGGCCUGCCUGACGGCGACGGCAGGCAGUGGGUCCGCUGCAUGACGUGUCGCAAGGAGGGGUGGGUCGUGCCCCGUACUCCGACGCCGCCUCAGCCCGAGGCGCCUGUCACCGCCGAUGUCUAG